AUGCAAGGUAUUAUUGAUAUUGACCCAAAAUUCAUUCCUUUUUAUAACCCAACGACGAUACGAGGAGCUAGUCAAGUUCCAAAGGAAGUUAUUGAUAAUGUAGCCUCCAAGAUGCAAAAUGGUGCAAAGAUUGUUGAUAAACUGUUAUCAGGAAACAAAAAGGAACUAAUCAAACUAUUAAAUGGAGAUGAUGCUGACCCUAUUGCAAUCUUAAAGAAUUGUAUUCUUGUAGGUGUAUCAUUUAUUCCCUAUGUUGGAGGUAUUGUUAGUAGUUUGGUUGAUAUUAUUUGGACUGCUGCAUCUGGAUCAUCGGCUGCUGAAAAGAUGAGUAAGGCAUUUACAAACUUUAUCAUGGCCACCAUCAAGGAGGAACUACAAAAGUAUGAUGAUGAGACACUGCGUCAAUUCUUUAUUGGUCUAUCCAAUGUCAGUUCAAAGUAUCAAGACAACUUUCAAUUGUGGAUGGACAAUCCAAUAAAUCAAAGUACCAUUCAAACGAUUCGUACCUCUUGGGAGAUUCUUGACAGCCAAUACUUGACACUCAUCCCACAAGCUCAAAAGAAGGGAUAUGAAAUCACAGAGUUGGUCUUUUUUUUAUUAAUGGCAAACGGUCAUAUUACUCUUUUAGGUGACUUUCUCAUCUAUGCCAAGGCUUGGGGGUAUACCGACGAACAAAUCAAAUCGAUCGAGGAGAGAUUGGAUGAUACUGUCACCAAGUACACCCAACACUGUGUCGAUACUUACAACAUUGGUCUUCAAAAGGUUACAGAUGCACCAGUUGGUGAUAUUACAAUUAAUGACUUUAUAGAAGUCAACAAGUAUAACGCAAUCAGUUCAUAUCGUAAUAAUAUGAUUAUCAAUGUAUUUGAUUUUGUUAAUUAUUGGUGGACUAUGAACACAAGAAAUUUACCAAAGGGAGGAUCAUUUGAUAGGGUUAGAUAUCUUGUUGGAAGAAUUUGUGGUGUUGUUACUACACCCAAUGCCAAGUCUGGAUGGAGUGGUUGGGAAGCUUAUUAUCAUCCAACACAAGAGGAGAUUGAGGCACGUAUUAGUAAACAAGGAUUGUAUCGUUAUCAAGGUGCAUUAAAGAACCUAAGUAUUCGUUGUUGGUCUCGUAUUGAUGCCAUCAUUCCAAGAGUAGUUGAUCCAAUCACUGGCAAUGUAUCAGAGGUACACUUUGGUGGAAGUGGUGGUGCCGUCAAGAAUACAAAAGAUUUUAGUAAAUCUGAUCCAUUACUCAAAGUAAACAUUGGCUCUUCUUCAGCUCCAUGGAAUAUUAAACUUGGUGGAGAUUUUUUUGGAGAUGUAGAUUUCAAAGUAAGAUAUCUACGCAAUUAUGAUUUAUCAUUUGAUGAUCACAAAAUUGAAUAUUUAAUGGGAUUUGGAAUUAUUAAAACUUCAGGAUUCAGUGAUCAAGUCAAUGCUAUUGCUCCAUUGUUCCAACCAUAUGGAGUUGGAUUUAGUGGUCAAGUACCAAUUACAGAUGGUCCAGCAUCAGUUAUUGAUCUGCAAUAUGCAACCUUUCCAGAUGGAGCAUCAACUCUUCGUGAUAGUCCUUAUCCAGGUCUCAUUGCCACUCAGAUUCCAGAGGGUAAAUCGGCAACUCUACCAGUCCAAUACGUUGGUAAAGAGACUGGUCGGUUUAUGAUUAAGCUCAAAGCUGGUGGAACGGGAACAGUUCAAGUAACACUCGACGGUACCAAGGCUGUGUUUAAUGUAACUGAUGACUACUCUAUCAUAUCGGAUAGUAACAAAUCCAUCUUUAGUAUUCCAGACAAGGCAAACCUCACCAUCACUGUCACCCAGGGUACAGUCCGUUUCCAUUGUCUUGCUCUCAUUCCGCAAUCUGCCAGAGUCUCAACCAAAAAUCCAAAUGACUAUCAUCUCUUUUGGGAUGGUUCCAAACCAACUCAUCAAUAUAAAACUCAACUCAUCACAAAUUAA